CACUUCUCGAUCGAAAAGGGGGUUUGUUACCCAAAGCAACAACAUAGCAGACUGUCUUGUUUAUCCAUCAAAAAUAAUAAUACAUCAGCUCAGAGCUCCACAAGACCUUGAAUCGAGUACACACACAAAACACAUAAAAAAGCUGAAUAAAAAACAUAUUACAGACAUUCAAAAUCAAAUAUUUUAAAAGAAAAGGACUAAAGAAUUAUUAGAUAUAUAUAAUCCAGUAAAAGCUAAUACUAAAUAGAGGAUCCAUAUACCACAAGUCUUUCCCCAAAAUGGAUAAAUCCGCCGAGCGUAGGGCCCGUUUGGAGGGUGUGGAAAGAGUACUCAAGUUAUCCCAGGAGCGUAUAAAAAUAGCCAUGAUUAUACCCAAACUCUUGGCUAACGCUGAUAACCUAAAGAGCGUCUUAAAAAACACCUGCUAUGAGGAGAUAUUGGGACCCAUCGACAAGAUGAUGCAUCACCUGGGCAAGCAAACGGGUCGCUCCAAACUGCCCCACGAUCAUACCACCAUGCGAAUCGUUGACUUUUUUCUGGUUAACCAUCAAAUCUAUAGAUUCUUUCCCCACCUGAUGCGAAAUUUGGAAGAACGGGAUCGUAAGGUGUUGGCCGCCUUUCACUUCCUCCUUGAGAGUGCCCACACGCACCUGAAUCGAUCCUCACGCAGUGAGAUCACCAAGGAGCGCAAGCUGCAUGCCAUCUAUCACCAGAAUGUGGAUAUACAAAAGAAGAUUCUGGAACUAAAGUCUAGUCUGGCAUUUCAAAAGGUGGUUGGCAAGUGGAAGACGGCCGCUAAAGGUAUAUACCUGAUGAAGGUAGAGGAUGAUCUGGCCAACAAGAAGUGGCAGAAUAAUGUGGCGAUUCAAAAUGAGAUUGAAAAAUGCAAUCGCACUAUGCGCUUGUACCACAAGGGCAGCACCGACAGGCAGAAAGAGCUGGAGGAGCAGCUGAUUGCUGCCCGAGAAGCCUAUGAAACUAUGACCAAGAAGAACCUUCGUGAAGAGCAAGAUCUGAGGAAUGAAAAAAACAAGUUACUGCUGCAACUGCAAAGUCUUCUCAAGAAAUACGACACAACUCUGGGCGAGAAGAUGCGUGCCAAUAUCGCCAUGGAGGAUCAGUAUCUACUGGCCAAAAAGGUGCUCGAUGACUUUAUGGUACAGUUCCGGCAUGAGGAGCGGAUCUACAAGAACAUUGUAGUAAAACGCGAGGAGGAAGAGCGUCGUAUUCAACAGCAGAAGCUGGUGGUGUUCAUGAUGAACCGAGCGGCGGCCACGAUCCAGAAAUACUGGCGCAAAUGGAAGAAGGAUCAGCGCAAAAGGAACCGUCGUGCUGCCAAGGGCAAGGGCAAAAAGGGAAAGUAAUAAAAUAUAUACAUAAUAUCUUAUUACAUC